CCCCAAAAUCCAUAGGAAGACACGCCGAAUCCCCGAUCAAGCAGACAACCCGCCAAGAUGUUGUCUAUUCUACGCAAAGCCCGGCUGAAGGACAAGGAGAUGCGGAUUCUUAUGCUCGGUCUCGACAACGCCGGCAAGACGACCAUCGUCAAACAAGUCAUGAAAGAAGAUGUCACCACCGUCAGUCCAACGUUGGGCUUCAUCAUUAAGACCAUCGAAUUCCAAGGAUACCGUCUCAACAUUUGGGACGUCGGAGGCCAGAAAACGCUUCGUUCUUAUUGGAAGAAUUAUUUCGAAAAGACCGAUACCCUGGUCUGGGUUGUUGAUGCGACCGACCGCCUUCGCGUGGAGGAUUGUCGAACCGAACUGGCGGGGUUGCUUUUGGAAGAGCGGUUGAUGGGGGCGAGUCUGUUAGUUUUUCUCAAUAAAACUGAUGUUGAUGGGUGUAUGACUGAGGAAGAGGUUCGUGAGCGAUUGAGCUUGGACUCUAUCAAGACACACAAAUGGACGAUAUUGCCGUGCAGUGCAAUGACAGGAAGAAAUCUACACGAGGGGUUGGAUUGGGUGGUGCAAGAUGCCAAGGAUCGACUUUUCUUAUACUAGGUUAGCUAGCUAGAUUGCCUAAUUGCACUCCGCCGAUGAUUGCGAUA